CCAGGCGAUGAUCUAAAAUGCAGCACACGACGUGCACGGAGGAUCGGAUCCACCAUGCGCUGGAGAGGUGCCUCCAUGGCCUCAGCAAAAACACCAUCUCUGCUAGUACUUGGACAGCUGGGCUUUGUCUGAAUUGCUGGAGCCUCCAGGAGCUGGUUAGCCGUGAUGCAGGGAACUACCUCAUCCUUCUGGAGAAAAUACUACAAAAGGCUGAAGAGGUCCAAGAGAAUUGCGACUAUGAUCUGUUUAUUCCACUGGCCUUGCUCUUCAGUUCAGCUGUCUUGUAUACUUCCCACUUCCCUUCCAAUUCUGACCUGCUUUGGAGAGCCAGGCAGACCUUCCGGGACUUCCUCGCCUGGCCCGUGCCGUACUGCGAUUUCUGCCAGGAACUGCUGACCUUUAUUGACAACGAGCUCAAAGCCCCAGGGAUUUCCUAUCAAAGGCUGGUGAGGGCGGAGCAUGGUCUGUCUGUAAAGAGCUCAGACAGUUCUAUUGUAACAGUCCUGUUACUGAACUCUUCCGAAGUUCACCAGGAGUUUGUCUCAGUUGCUGAAAGGCUUAGUGCUGUAGAGCACUCUCACCACAUGCUACUGGUCACCCUUCUUGAACACAUUUACCAAGCUAACUUUGGGACGAAUUGGGACCUUGUCAGACUCCAUCAAGCUCUGAAGCUGAAGCCUGCGCAGGAACUCAUGGAGCUCCUUGCCAAUACCACAGAAGCUCAAGAAUCGGCAGCGGAGACCAGCAGUGACCCCACAGCAGCCAGGAAGCAGCUGGAGUCUGCAUUGCAGGACAUUGCUAAAGCAGCACAGCUACCCGGAUUCGUAGGAGAAGCCCAGACGCAUAAGCCCCACCUCAUCCCUGUGCCCGCUGCCCGCUGUUAUGCCUACGUUUGGGACCAGGAUAAUUUCGACAUCUUGAAUGAGGUACUAGACAAGGAGUGCGACUACCCCAAGCCGGCACUUCUGGAAGAUGAAGAAGAGGAAACAGACGGCUGCUUUCCACAAAACGGUUCUUUGUUACCUUCCCUGGAGUCAAUCUACAAAAAGCCUAUCUAUUCAGGCUUGCCAGAGGAUGGCUCAUGCGAUUCACAGGUGUCGGUCUCCGCCGUUUCUGAGGACCUGAACUCUGAGCUCUCAUUGGCCUCUACAAAGUCCUUGAAGUCGUUUGUCUCCAGCCUGAAGGACUGCAUGGACAGUGGCUACGCGGAGGACAGCGAUGAGAGCUCUCUCGAGUCCACGGGGCAGUCGGAUCCAAAGGAGGACAAGGCACCGCCCAGGCAGCGGCACCGGUUAACAAAGAUCUACAAGUUGUUCAAGACCAAAAGCCAGCUGAUCCUGGGCAAAGAGCUGAGAGACAUUUCUGAGGUAGCUUCCCUCUCACUGCCCCUCCGUCGAGCAGAGAGCCUCUGCAACCCUGCAGCCAAACACCAUGUCUUUACGCGCAGUCGGCGGGCCCAGUCACUGCCCCAACAUGUACUGAGCUCAGCGCUUUUGCAGCAAUGUGUCCCGGAUAACGUCUGUGUCCAACGUCGGCCCUUCCUGAGCUGCGACGAGGAUAUGAAGGUCUCGACGUUGCGUGUUGUCGUGUUUGGCUCUGACCGCAUUGUGGGGAAAGUAGCUCGGGCUUACAGCAAUCUUAAAUCUCAAGAAAGAAGUUGCCCGUGGCUGACGCGGUACUUCAAGCUGCAGUUUUUCUACGUCCCCAUAAAAAGGAGCGGUCUGACAUCAUCCACACCCACCUGCUCUCCACCUCCUCCAGGAGACCCUCAAAGCCGCUCGGGAUCUGUGGAUCCUGGCUUGACGAGGAAGGAGAGCAGCACCAACAGCAUCUCCCAGUAUAUAGGCCUGCUGGACCCCUGGUACGAGCGCAAUGUUCUUGGGCUGAUGAACCUUCCGGCAGACGUCCUAUGCCAGCAGUGCAUCAAGCCCGAGGGGGUCCUGGAGGAAGCGGAAGAGCAACUCCCCAUCCUUGCAGAUAUGAUACUUUACUACUGUCGCUUCGCAACCCACCCUGUCCUGCUGCAGAUCUACCAGAUAGAGCUCACUUUCGCUGGAGGAGAGACAAGGACCGAGAUCUUCAUCCACUCUCUAGAGAUGGGACACUCGGCGGUCACGCGGGCCAUCAAGGCUUCAGGUCCAGGUAGCAAACGGCUGGGCAUUGACGGAGACAGAGAGGCAAUCCCACUAACACUACAAAUCGCCUAUAGCAAGAGAGCAGUCAGUGGAAGGAACCGCUGGAACGACACUGAGAAAGUCUGCACGUCCAUCGAUCUCAGCAAGACCUGUAACAGACCAGAACAGCUUGAUUCCAAAACAGAGUGCUUGACGCUCACCGUGACAGAAGUCAUCAAGAGGCAAAGCUCCAAGUCCAAGAAGACUUUCAAUCAGCAGAUCAACGUGUCUGAGAUCAAAGCGGACAAAGUCCAGAUCACAGGGGUCAACUGUUCCUUCGCUGUAUGCCUGGACCAGGACGAGAGGAAGAUUCUGCAGAGUGUCACUAGGUGUGAAAUCACAGCGUGCUGCAAACCUGAGACCAACGAGCCCCGCUUUGGAGGAAGGCCGGCUUCUCUCCUCCCUACCCGAGAUCCCUCCGAUUCCUGCUCUCUUCUGUGCUUGCCUAUUGCCACUUUUGGUGGGGCACUGCCCUGAGGAAGGCAGCGAGGAUGAAAC